UACAUGGGGUAACCUGUGGCAUGUGUGGUGUGGACCAUAAACAAAGACAGAAAGCGGGACAUUUGCUCUGCAUUUUUAUUACAUUUUCAAACAUCAGCCAACUGAGUACAGGUUAUCGGUGAGUCAUGAGACGUGCCAAGUCAGCCCCAUCUAGUGCUGCGGCAGGGUCUACUACUAGCACCACAGCAUCAAGCGCCACUGACAAGAAUGCCACGUCAUCAGUGACAGCAGCAACAACAGCAGCUGUGGAGAAAACGACAGGAGCCGCCCAGACUGCAGCAGCAUCACCCGCUGCGCAAGCCCAUGCAGCAAUCACAGAUGCCGGUGCCUCCAUACAAGACAUGUUGAAAGAACUCCACAGUCUCGUCAAAGAAACUCAAGUGGAGAGAACAAAGAGCGAACAAACACUCCAGACGAUCAACAAGACCCACGAGCGCAUGCACUCCGAGGGGAAGAUCUCGCCAUACUUCAAGACUAAACUGAGGACGUUGUAUCAGUCGGCAGUUACUGAGGCUGAGAGCGAGGCUGAAAUACUCCGGAAGGCCCUGAAGAAAAUAGCCGACAUUAAAGCAGUGCGUAACGAGCAACGUUUACAAGCCAAGAACGCUGGAUUGUACACGGAUGCUGACGGCCCUAGGAAGACCAUGAGGCGAGGGGUGUUGAUGACGAUGCUCCAACAAGCUGCUCUGACGUUACCGUUAUGGAUCGGCAGACCAGGAGAGAGUCCUCCACCCCUGUGCGGUGCCAUCCCGGCUGAGAACAACUACCUGGCUAAGCCUGGGGACAAGGUUGCCGCUCGGGUCAAAGGUAGCGAUGGUGAUGAGAACUGGAUCCUAGCUGAGGUGGUGUCCUUCAAUCCGGCUACCAAUAAAUAUGAAGUAGAUGACAUCGAUGAGGAGGGAAAAGAACGUCACUCGUUAUCCAAGAGAAGAAUCGUUCCGUUGCCGCUGAUGAAAGCCAAUCCCGAGACCAACCCAGAGGCGCUCUUCAAGAAGGGCACGUUGGUAAUGGCUCUCUACCCACAGACGACAUGUUUCUACCGAGCAUUAAUUGAUGCACCACCAGAAGGGCCUAUGGAUGACUACAGUGUGUUGUUUGAGGAUAACUCCUAUGCUGAUGGCUAUUCACCAGCCCUGAAAGUUGCCCAGCGAUACGUUGUACAGGUCAAAGAACCAAGACGGAGAUAAACAUUUGUGAACCGAAUUUCUCCAAAGAAAAACUUUUUCUAGUGUUGAACCAGCAACAGCAAUAACUUGGAGCUAUUUCGAGGGAGGACUAAGGUUAACCACAGUUCGACUAAGUUCACUCGAAUGCAGGAUGGUUGGACUAAGUCUAGUUGCCUAUUUGGAACCAGAGCCUAGGGCAUGGUUGCAUCACUGGUAACCAUUAGCCAUGCGCAUCACAAUGCCAGCAGGGAGCCAGGAUCAAUAAGUUUCGUGAUGACAUUUUGACCAGUGUUUGACUACAAAUGUUCCCACAUUGCUAUAGUAUUAGUGCGCAGGCAAAAGUUACAUGUACGCCACUAAUGAGCCACAGGUGAACUAAUGGUCCUCACCGGAACUUGUUCUUGUACGAAGAGAGUGCUUAUUGACCAUUCAAAAUCGGUGGACAUGGAUUCUGUGGCACUGUUUCUGGUCAGUCCAUUAUUGCGCCUGUCCAUUAUGGCACCCAUCUGUUGUGGCCAUUCGUCCAUUGUGGCACCUAUAGGUUAUGGCCACCCAUUCAUUAUGGCACCUAUUUGUUAUGGCCACCUGUCCAUUAUGGCACAAAUCUCUUAUGGCCACAUGUUCAUUAUGGCACCUAUUUGUUGUGGCCACCCGUCCAUUAUAGCACCUAUCCGUUAUGGCCACCAGUCCAUUGUGAAUACCAUUAUAUCACCUACAUCACUGCCACUUGUUUUUAAUAUAUGACAACCUGUUUAUUAUUGCAAAGGUUUUACAAUGGCCACCUGUCGUUAAAAACCAGCUGCACACUGCACAAACUGAAAGCUGCAGUUCUUGCCAUCAAACAAUUGCCACCAUCAGAUCACUGUACAAGCGUACAAGAGUCUCUUGAUUAUUUCUAGUCCGUUCUGACAAGUAACACAAGGCACUAGCAAAGAUGGCAAGGGCUCAGUCGUCGUUCUCCUCAUCUUGUUCUUCAUCAGGUGCACACUAGGAUAAGGCAAAACGUUACAAAAUAAAGACAAGAAAUCAGUCAGGCCGUUUCUCAAUUCUUAGAUUCAGCUGUGUUUUUUGCUUCAUGAUUAUCUGUAGAAGGCUGUGGCUAGAUCUGGUUCCCUUUUCACUGUACGCACAUCAAUGUUUGAAAUUGAAGUCGCAGAAGAAUCCUGUUCAUUUUCUUCACAAGGUCAGCAAUGAAGCCAGAGACGAAGCCAAAGUCAAAGAAAGGAUUGAGAAAUGUUGGAUUUGUUUAUCCCUUGCCUUGGCAUUGAACAAGCUCCCUUUGCAUUUGUAUUUGUACUUGUAAUAACACAAAGUUAGCUGAUACUUGAAGUCUA